UUCAAGGCACGACUUGUAGCGCGAGGGGACAUGCAGAGGGCUUCGAUUGAUUUUGGAGAAUUGUUUGCACCCACCGUAUCCGUGUCUAGUGUGCGUUUGUUGGCAGCAUUGGCAUGUGAGCAGAACCUUGACUUGUGCCAUUUCGAUAUUCAGCAGGCAUUUGUGCAGUCUGAACUUGAAGAGGAUGUUUUCAUGCGUCUCCCGCAAGGUUGUGGUAGGUUAUCUGGACUGAUCGUGAAACUAUGCAAGAGUCUGUACGGUUUGAAGCAGGCAUCACGACAAUGGCAUGCGCACCUGACGAGGUGUUUGUUACUUUUAGGAUUUGUGCAAUGUUUGGCGGAUGCAUGUGUUUUUCGAUUGAUGGAGGAUGGAUGUGUGAUCAUGAUCAUUGUGGUCCACGUUGAUGACAUUUUUGCCGUAGGGCAGAAGGAGAGGUGUGACAAGUUUGGCAGUGACCUCAACGAGAUGGUCCCCGUGAAAAACUUUGGGGAGUUGAGGUGGUACUCCGCGUGCUUUUACCAGAGAGAUCUAGAGAGAGGCCUUUUGAGGAUCUCGCAGCAAAGGUUUGCAGAAGAGUUGGCUGCAGAGUACGGCGUUGAGUGGGGGAAGAGUGUGCCCUUGCCUGUGAGCGUGAAGCUCACCGACUUUGACGAAAACGAAGCGUGUGCUGAUGUCCCGUUUCGCGAGUUGGUAGGAUCUCUGAUGUGGUUGGCCACUCAAACCAGGCCGGACAUCGCGAAUGCAGUACGAGCAGUAGCGCGGUAUUGCGCGUCUCCCAAGAUGGUGCACUGGAAGGCAGCACUUGGUAUUUUAGGGUACGUGCGUAGGACGAGUUGGAUGGGGAUUACAUUUGAGAGGGGAGUGGUCACUGGCAUGAGCAUGCAGGUGUUUGUGGAUGCCGACUAUGCAAGCAAGGCAGCAGACCGUAAGUCGGUCUCAGGAGGACUAGUGAUGUGUGGGGGUGGGUGUGUGACUUGGUUUUCGAGGACGCAGAAGUGCGUCACGCUCUCCACAACGGAAGCAGAGUAUGUGGCAAUUGCCGACGUCUUGAAGGAAGUGCUUUUCUUGAGGCAGGUUUGGCGUUUUAUGUUGCCAGAUGCAGGUAUGCCGUGCAUCCCGGUCUUCGAGGAUAAUCAGGGAGCGAUUCAGAUUGCGCACAACCCGAUCACGAACUCAAACUCGAAGCACAUCGAUGUACGGCAUCACUUUAUCAGGGAACUGGUAGAGAGGAAGGAGAUUUCGAUUACGCAUGUGACGUCGGAGUUUCAGCAUGCAGAUUUCUUGACGAAGGCUAUCAGCAAGGAAUCUUUUGCGUUGCACAGAGACUUUGUGAUGAAUUUGCAUUGAAAUAAGUGUUUUGGGAUCAAAUCGUGUUUUGCCGCGGAGUGGAAAAGAGAGGAUAUGUACAGGUUUGAACAAGAGAUGGAGAGAGUCAAGUGGAGAUGGUAGUGUUUUGGAGGGUUAGUGUUUGGGACUUUUCUUGGUGAUUUGGAAGAGUCGGUAUGCGAUUGAUUAUUUUCGGACGUACUAUUUUGGGAUUUUGAAUUAUCGUUUUCUUGGUUUUGCAUGUGUUUUGGGAUGAACUGG